GCAAGUUCCACGUAGCAUCAGAUAGAAUGUAGUCACGACAAUUGCACGUUAUGUCAGAACGUUAUAGGCUCAGUGAAUGUUGAGAUAGAAUUAAUUCGUGUAUUCUUAAUAAAAGCAUAUCUUUUGAACAGCAAAUUAAAAUGAGAUACUUCAACAUUUUCUUAUUCUUGGUUGUUUCAACAAUUGCAUUCGCAGCAAAUACAGGAUAUGUCUAUGCUCAAGAAGAUGAAAAUAUUGAUGAUAUUAUCGAUGUAGAAGGUGAAGAAGGUAGUAUAAUAACUGAUGAAGAAACAGAAGAAGAUAUCAGUAAUGCUUCAACCGAUGCCGAUACAACUAUACUUUUUACAAAACCGGUUCAUAAUACGUUAUCUACUCUCGAAUUGCCAGCUGGAAAUAUAAUAGAAUUUCUUGUUGGAUUCACUAACAAGGGUGAAAAUGACUUUGUUCUGGAAUCAUUGGAUGCUUCCUUCCGUUAUGCAAUGGACUUUAAUUUUUAUAUUCAAAAUUUUUCCACGUUCACAUUUAAUAAAGUUGUGAAAUCCAAACAUGAAGCUACUUUAGCUUAUUCUUUUAUACCAUCUGAAAGUUUCGCUGGAAGGCCGUUUGGCUUGAAUGUUAACCUGAAUUAUAAAGAUACCAAUGGCAUUUCCUACAAUGAAGCGGUCUUUAAUGAAACUGUACAAAUUAUAGAGAUAGACGACGGUCUUGAUGGAGAAACUAUUUUUCUUUAUGUAUUCCUUGCAGCAUGUGUUAUAUUGACUCUUGUAGGAGGUCAACAAUUGUUGUCAUCUCUGGGGCGCAAAUCGCGUUCUUCUACUACUCGUAAAGUACCAGUAGAAAUGGGUACAUCAAAUCCUAACAAUGUAGAUUAUGAUUGGCUGCCAAAAGAAACUCUCAAUAGAAUCAGUAAAGGACAUCCUAAGAGCCCGAGGAGUCCAAGAUCCCGUAGCCCUCACAGUCCACGACCCCGCAGUCCUCGGACAAGAAGUCCACGAUCACCGCGUGAACGUUCUUCCCGCGAACGCAAUAAAAACAGACCAGCCGCUCGUAGUUCUAGCACAGGCAGUACAUGUUCUGACAGAUCAUGUUCCGUUUGUUCACCGAAGGAACGACGACGCGUUGCGCCACUGUCUCGUUCGCAUUCGAGAUCGGUUAGUCCGGUACGAACUAGGACACAUCACAAGGAUGUAAUCGCGUCGACGAGUUCACGGACCUUACAGUCGCGCACGAGACCACGGUCGCCGCCUUUGCCGCGACCACGUACCCCACCGCCAGCGCCGCAACCGCCGCUGCGUCAUCAAAAGGAUUACAAGAACAUCAAAGAGAAAGAAGCCAAAGUUCGCCGUAAAGAGAAACAUCAUACCAGAUUACCAGAAGAUCCGCGAGUACCAGAUCCUAUCUCAUUGAUACGUAAACCAGUAAAAGUAGAAAAAACACAUACAAGUCAUGGAGCAUCACAAAUAAUACGGCCUCAGCCAGAAUCUUCACCCAGCGAAGACAGUGAUAGUUCCUCGACUACAUCCCAUGUAGGACCACCAAAAAUGACAUUAUCUGAACGAUUUGGUAAAAUGGCGCAGUGGAGUGUAGAUCGUAGGGAUAUGGAAAAUAUGCGUAUCACGAAAGAUGGCGAGAAUGCAAUGAAAGUCGUUAUAGAGGGUGAGGAGAGAAUCGCGCGUUUAGGAUAUGAUUCACCACCUCCCGGUCAUUAUCCUGAAUCACUUUUGGCGCAAGGACCAAGAGGUUUUGAAUGCUGGGAUGAUGUUCGCGUUCGAUAUGAUUAUUACAAAGCGAGGGGAUAUCUUCGUGAUCUCACUUUAGAUGAUUAUAUCAAAUGGGAAGAAUGGUGGUACAAGUAUCAGGAAUGGCUCGAAGCUGAACGUUUCUAUGAGCAAUGGGCCUCGACAAAUCGUUCAUCCGGUGGUAGUCGCAAGAGACGAGGACGACGCAAUAAUGUUACUCACUAAGGUAUAAGUCACUGUUAUGAUUUAUACUUGAUUUAUUGACAAAUUAUGCAGUGAUAUCUGUAAGCUUAGAGGAUACAAAACAAAAAAAAAUAUAUAUAUUAUGUAUGUACAAGCUAUGUAUCGUAAUAAAAAGGAUGAUUGUGCAAAA